GUAGUCAUACAGACACAAUAGAGCUGCAGUCACCAUGUAUAUAGCAAGUGUUUGUAUUUGCAACUAUUAGAGCAAUAUGUAGUAUCUCUCAAAUUCUGUGAGUGUAAUUUCGAAGCGUUGUUCUGGGGCUAUUAUCAGCGAGCUCUGAUGCCCUUGCACUAACAAGCUAUCUUCGUUAGACAGUAGGAGAGUGUCCGUGCAGUGCACCGUUAGCUAGCUUUAGCCAGUUUGAUAACAUUAUAGCUGCCUUGCCAGUUUUUUACUAUGGAGUUUCCUUUUGACAUAAACCAAUUAUUCUCCGAGAGGAUCUCUAUCUUGGACCAGACCUUGGUUGCAGGCCGCAAAUGUACAGGAAGGCCAGAUCUUCAAGCUCACAUAGCCACAGUUAUUGAUGAACUUGGGAGGGCCUCAGCAAAGGCCCAACAGCUCACAGCACCUAUAACAAGUGCUUCCAAGCUGCAGACCCAGAAGCAUCAGCUCUAUCUUCUUAAGGAUGGAGAGAGCAGCGGAGGACGUGGUGUGGUUGUGGGAUUUCUGAAGGUUGGCUACAAGAAGUUAUUUUUGCUGGACCGGCAAGGUGUGCACGUAGAGGCAGAACCACUGUGUGUUUUGGAUUUUUACAUAGCAGAGAACCUGCAGCGAAAUGGCUAUGGGCUUGAGCUAUUUAACUUCAUGCUACAGCACAAGAAUUUAGAGCCAGUGCUGAUGGCUUAUGACCGGCCUUCACCUAAAUUCCUGUCUUUCCUGGCAAAGCAUUACUGCCUCACACAGAGUGUUCCUCAGGUCAAUAACUUUGUGGUUUUUGAAGGCUUCUUCCUCAACAGAGCAGCGGCCCAGUUGAGAAAGGUUCCCCCAAAAAAGCCAGACGGAGAGAUCAAGCCUUACUCUUUAAUGGAGAGAGAAGCUGUUCGCCAGGAGCAGAAGAGUCUUCCUUGGCCGUUUGCUCCUCCCCACUCCCCCCACCGCUCGGUAGCCUCCCAGUGCUCCCACUCCCUCAGCGUGGGAUGCUCCCCCAGCAGGGCACCCCCUCGAGUCGCUCCAACUUCUUCCCCUGGUUGCAACAGGAACCAGAGCCCACAGUCACCUCUCAGCGAUCGCUGCAGAGCAAGACGCACCAGUAGUCAACAGGGUCUAGUUGCGAGAUGCAACUUGUACAGUCGACACAUGGACACCAGAGCUGUUGGACUGCUGGACAGAUGCUCUCCAGCACCAUGUGCCACCUCAGGUCUGAGAGCAGUAGGGGAUCAGUCAUACACAUUGGGAUACAGUAUUCACUCACAACAAAACAGGAACUGGCCUGUCUUGCUUCCACCUCUCUCUACAUCCAAGAAGGACUGCAUAAGCAGCACUACCUCUUUAGACAGGAGAGAAAUACACCUGGGCACAGAUCCUGAAUCCUGUCGUUCUGAAGAGGAGAUGAAGGUUCUGGACAGUUCACAGCUUCCAGCAGGCAACCAGAGACCUCUGUUGUGGGAGAGUGACAGAGUUGAAGACAGGUCAUGGGCUGUAGGGGUGCACUGCUACACUGCCCAGUGGGUGAAGCAGAAGCAGGAAUACAGGAGCACCCGGCCCUGGUGAAUGUGUGAUGAUUACAGACUUUAAACAUUAUCAAAAUUUUGAUGCCUAAAAUGAUUUCAGACAUGUUUGAGCCGACUUUUGAGUGUUUGAGAGCCCAUGAUGCAGCAAUUUCUUUGUGAAGUUUAAGUGCCCAAAGUUCAGUUCAGAAAAAAAAUACACUUCCAGACUUUCUGGUUUUAGAAAGGCUAUUAUAAUGUCUGUCUUAGUUGGUUUCCCAAAUGAGUUCUUCAGCUGUCAACUUAGCUCAUCUUUUCUAGUCAACUAGAACAGACUGGCUGCAUCCUUGCUAAUUGAAUAAUUGGCCCAUUAAGUCAGUGGUGUUACUGGCAAGACAGGUCCAGCUAACUCAGGUAGGUUUUUCAUUUUAGUAGCCUUCGCACUGAGCGUUGUUAGGUUCACUUAUUUUGUUGUAUAAAUUCAGGGAAACAUUGCAUAAGACAAAGGUUACUAACGUGAUGUUGGUUCAUAGUGACUUUUGUAUUUAAUUAACAAAAUGAAUCCAAUGGAAUUUAUUUGAGAAUUUCAUCAUCCAUUUUCUUGUAUUACUUGGACAGAUUGGAUAGGAUGGGAUAAUAGCAUGUUAAAUUUUCAGUUGAUCACAUUUGGGUUGUUGCAUUUUUUAACAAAUAUUUAAAACGAGUGAUACAGUACUCUUAAUUUUCCAUUUCUGUUUUGCACAUGUGUAACAGCUACAUGCAGCCACAGACUGUAACAUAACGACAUGAUGUACAGACAGGUUACUUGCUGUGUCCUUUGGUGACUGCUUACUUUAAGUUGAAGUGUCUUAGCGAGCAUUGGCCUGCCAGAUUCUCUCAGAACUGCUUCAUUGUACCCUGGCAUUGAUUUUCCAUGCCUCUGGAAUGAUGGAUGUGUAUCAGUCUUCCAAAAGACGUUCCAAAAGAUUUGAUGGUUAUGGAGUUGAGUGUGUAACACAUCAAUCCAAAUUCUCCCCUGGGUGUUUGACUGGGUUCAGAUGUGGUGACAGGGUACAUAGUACAUCAGACCAUGUAAUUACUUAUGAGAUACCCUCAGGGUAAUGUGUGUCAGGCAGUAUUUAAAAUGAUAACUCAUACACCAAUGUUGGUGUUUUUCAGAUCUUGCAUGUAAGAAUACAAAUCCUUAAACAUGCAAACAUGGUCUGUAGACUGCCCUGGGUGCUAAUGGUACAGUUCAACCACAAGCACAAAGCACAGAAAUAGACAAUUAGUCAUUUUUAAUAUUUGUUCAAAAAUCAAAUAAUUAAAAAAGAACAGAAACAAUGUAUUUGUGGAGAAAUCAAGCAAAACUGCUGAAAACAAAUUUUCCAUUUUGAUUUAUUUUGGACUUAAAGAAGUCUCCCAUGGAUAGAGCUUCCUGCAACUUUCCAGUAACCGGAUUUUCAUUAAAUAAUGGAAAUGUUUGUGAGACAAAACAUAUAUUUUCAGGUUUUUCAGACAGAAUUGAAAACAAAUUGUGUAGAAAGUUUACACAUUUUUGCUGUAAUGUAAACUUUAGUUAGAAUGGUCCAUAAAGCCAAUAUACACCACGAUAUAUCCUUAUUUUGUCAUUUUUACACUUCCAUGAACUUUAGUAUUCCAACAAUCAGAAUGGGCUUAAACCCUAAUGCCAAAACCUGUUACUUGGGUUUAACUGAACUUAUAACGUCUCUGUUUGAUUGUUUUUUGUUGUUGUUGUUUUUUGUUUUGUUUUUUUUAGUUGAGUCAGUCUGCUUUGGAGUUCAUACUUAAAAGAAGCGGAAUCUGGGAUUUAUAUCUGUCUCUUAGUCUUUUCUGAAUAAAUUAAGCCAAAUGAGAAAAAGCUAGAAUUCAUAUUAUACAUUGUGUUUAAACAAUGCUUCCAAACCCAGGGUAGAGGCGCAGUAUGAUAAUUCAUACAGUAUCAGCAGAUGGAAGACACAGAAUUACUGGAAUGUACACAGUGGAAACUGUCAGAGGAAGACAAGGCGAAAAUGUUAACAGGACUGUUUUCUUUUUAAACACAAUUCCCCAGUGGUCCCAUGAAUUCCUGGAUUUGUUUGAGGUACUUUUUUAGAUGAACCAUCUUCAAAAUCCAGAGGGAGAGGGCCAUUUUUUACCCUUUUACUUAAGGAAGAUCAUUAAAGCUAAGAGGCUAAGGCCCUUGGCAUUGAUUCACAUUAGUGCUGCUAUUUCGCUGGCACUGACGACUUCAGCUCAUGUCACAGAAUUCACAGAAACAUCCUUUCUAUGCUGUACAAUACAAUAUAAAAAACUGUUGUUAAUUGGCACCUGUAAACACUAAAAGUAAACUGAAUUUAGUAAUUCUGCUCGAUGGAUCAGCAUCUCUCUGGUCAGCAAUUUGUUCAACAGUGACGUCCACUGCAGCUGCAAGGAAUAAACCCAGGUAACUACAUUCACAACAAUCGAAUAUAUGACUUUUGGGACACAUUAAUCCCAAGAGAUUUCACCUGCAUCUCAUAGUCAUUAAGAUCACCAUAACUACCCUCCAUUGGACACCUUGGAUCACCCAGGAGAAGCUGGACUGGGUGUUUUCACACCAACAGUGUUUAUUCUGUUUAAAUCGAACCCUGCUUCAUGUCCCCCUUGGUGCGGUUAGUUUAUGCAGAUGUGAGCACGGUGAUCGCAAAACAACUGAACUCCAGAGCGUUUCAUUUACAGGUGUAAGUUUGAGCUGAAAGCCUUCUGUUGGCCACGCAUGUUUUGCAGGGUACACCACCAGUCAGUACAGCCUAGCUGUAAAAUGAAUGUAUAUUCUCCACAUUGUCCACUUUUAACCCAGAAGGCGUCAUGGCUAGAAGAUGAUCUUGGUAUAAAAAUACAGUCAGCAAACAGUUUUGCAGACUGUGAGCAGCAUCACAGGACCUAUAUUCCAUGAUACUGAUGAGUAAUGUUGGUUAAAAAGACUAUUCUGAUAAACAAAAAUCAGAUUCCCUUUGGAGUGGGUGUAACACUGAGUUGUUUGCAGAGCUUAAAUAGUUUUUCAGUGCAGAAUUUUUUGUAUAUGUCUUGUAUUCUCUUGUAUUCUUGAAGCUACGAGGACUCAAAAAUGUGAUUUAAAAAACAUAAUAUUUCGACCCUCUUGCUCUGCACACUAAGGCACAGGUUUAUGAACUACUGGCUUUGUUUGUGUCUUAUAGACAAUGUGUGAGGACACUUUGCUUGAAUGGCUGCAGCCACUGCAGUAACAUAAAACUGACUGGAACUGUUA